AGGUGUUCAGUCUAACUCUACAGCCCACCUUGCUGUCUCUCUCUCUCUCUGUCUCUCAAUGUUAGCCAGGUAUCUGUGUUCACUAUGCUCCCCACGGUAAUCUUGAAGGGGACUCUCAUCAAGAAAUCUCAACAGAAGCGAAGGACGUCGCCCUGCAAUUACAAGGAAAGAUUAUUUGUCUUGGACACCCAGGACCUGACCUAUUCUGAACAGCGCCCUGGGAAAAAGCCCAGCCAGAAAGGCUGCAUUGAGCUCUCCAGGAUCAAGUGUGUGGAGAUAGUGUGCAGUGAAGUCCCAAUCCCCUGCAGCAACAAGUACCCCUUCCAGGUUGUCCACGACAACUGCUACCUGUACAUCUUCGCCCCGGACAACGACUGUCGUCAGAGAUGGGUCCGAGCUCUGAAGGAAGAGACCAAGUGCAACGCAUUACUCCUGAAGUAUCACCCCAACUUCUGGAUGGAGGGGAGGUGGAGGUGCUGUUACCAGACAGAGAAGAUGGCUACGGGGUGUCAGGAGUACGACCCUAUGGGAUACGCAUCCAAGAAGCCUCUCCCUCCAACCCCGGACCCACAGCGGCGGCUCUCUGACCCGGGCCAGAGGGUGGUGGUAGCGCUACAAAACUACAGUCCCCAUGAAGACACAGACCUGCCCCUUCACAAAGACCAGGAGUACAUCCUGACUGACAGCUCCCACCAUGAUUGGUGGACGGUACAGGACCACAGAGGAAACUCAGGUUUUGUACCUUGCAUGUAUAUAGCAGAGAAAUCCUGCGACAACUUCAACAGAUUUGAAUGGUACAACAAAGAGAUAACGAGAGGGAGAGCUGAGGAACUUCUGAUGACAGAGGGUAAGGAAGGAGCCUUUAUGGUGCGAGACUCCAGGCAUGCAGGCGUCUACACUGUGUCUGUCUUCACUAAAGCCCCAGGAUCCAACGGGCAGAAGAACCCGCGGGUGAAGCACUACCAGAUCAGACAGUCUGAGGCAGAGGAGUCCAAGUUUUACCUGGCAGAGAAAUACCUGUUCAGCACCAUUCCUGAGCUCAUCCAGUACCACCAACACAACGCUGCAGGUCUGAUCACGCGACUGAGGGAUCCUGUCUCUCAGGGUAGAGAGGCUCUCAGAGCCCUGCGGAACUCUAGGUCAGAGGUCGACCUGCUGCUUCUGUCUCCAGGCGCCAGCAGCAAUUUUGUUUGGUUAUUGAUUAUGGAAGGUAUCAUAGAGAUAGUUAGAGGACUCAUUUUUGCAUCUGUGCCAUUAGUCAGUGGGGUGGACCCGGCAGAGCUGACUCUAGGUGAGGAAGUGGGCCGCGGUCAGUUUGGCCUGGUACUCCAGGGGCGGUGGAGAGAGCGCAGGGUAGCUGUUAAGAUGGUCAGGAAGGGAGCCAUGUCUGAGGAGGACUUCCAAAGAGGAGGCCAGGUCAUGACGAUGCUGUCCCACUGUAAGCUGGUGCAGCUGUAUGGUGUGUGUACACAGCAUUCUCCCAUGUGUCUGGUGUUUGAGUUGAUGGAGCAGGGCUGCCUGUCAGACUACCUCCGAGCCAGGAGGGGGCGUAUGUCCCAGGACAGCCUACUGGGGAUGUGUCUGGACGUCAGUGAAGGGAUGGCAUACCUGGAGAGCAACAACUUCAUCCACAGAGACCUGGCAGCCAGAAACUGUCUGGUUUCCUGCAACAACGUGGUGAAGGUGUCUGAUUUUGGAAUGACCAGGUUUGUUCUAGAUGACCAAUACACCAGCUCUCAGGGCUCUAAGUUCCCCAUCAAGUGGUCUUCUCCUGAGGUCAUCAAGUACUGCAAGUUCAGCAGCAAGUCUGACGUCUGGUCCCUUUGGAUAGAUUUAUUCAUCCUCUCAGAGUCCUGCGUCCUUUGA